GUUCAGUUUCUGCGGCUGCGCAGUUCUCUCGGUGACUUAGCUUCUCGACUCCAAUCCCGGCCUCUCCUGUGCCCGGGCGCCCGGAGGCGGGAAUCCGAACCGGAUGUAUGAGUAGCCGCGGAGGACGAGGAGGAGAGUAGAAUCCACCCCUCCGCCCUGGGGAGAAGGUAGAAUCGCGCUGCCUGGACUAGCUGGGUGACUCCCCGGUUGUCGAAAGUUGUAUUUCGAAAGAAAAGGCUGGGCCUAGGUGGGCCCCCAGCCCAAAGAUGAUUACUCUGGUCCGACGGCUGCUCUUUCUGGAGGUUUCCCAGGGUCUGGGCCUACCUUUUCCCCCUUUCCUUCAUCCAGUCACUGGUCUCCCUGAAAAAGGCCGGGCUUAAAUCUAACCUACUGGUGGAAGAUAAAGGUCAGACAUUCAGGAAGAAAAAAAUGUCUCAAAGGCAAAUGAAGGCAGCCUUUGUCAGCAACCUUAAUGGGACUAGCCUAUUGGAAAUUUCAGCUGGUUUGGCUUUGCCCCCACUCUGUACUGUGUGUAGAGGUCUGAUACUCAUUCUCUUACAACUCCACCAUGUAACCUUGCCAUGGAGAUGGGGAGCUCAUUUUUUUACUGACUUUGCUAUACUUAUAGUGCCCUUGGUAGCUUCUUGCACCAUUCUUUCUUCUGUGAUCUUUCUUGUGCCACCUAUCUUAACCAUUUUAGGUACACUGUUAUUUUACAAGCUAUAUAGCAAAAGGCACUAUUAUGCCAAGGCACCUGCCCAGAAAAUCAUUUCUGCAUUUCUAAAAAUCAGUGUAGAUUCCAAAAACAUUCCAUCUGUUACUAUGUUCCGUGUUUAUAUCAAUCUGGCCACUGCCAUCAGCAUCCUGGCUGUGGAUUUUCCACUUUUUCCUAGACGAUAUGCCAAAACAGAGGUAUAUGGAACAGGACUGAUGGAUUUUGGAGUAGGAGCCUUUGUUUUUGGGAAUGCUAUCAUUUGUCCAGAAGUUAGAGGAAAACUUGGGGCCAAACAGUCCAGAUAUGAUUAUCUUGCAAAGCAAUUGUUCUCCGUUUGGCCAUUAAUACUCCUAGGGCUAGGACGACUAAUCAGUGUAAAGUCUAUAGGCUAUCAUGAACAUUUAUCUGAAUAUGGAGUUCAUUGGAACUUUUUUUUUACUUUAGCAGUAGUUAAAGUGGUAGCCUCCUUACUCUUGAUUUUUUUUCCCAUAAAUAAAUCUUGGAUUGUGGCUGUCAUCAUUGCCAUAUUGUACCAAAUAUCUCUUGACUUUGCACAACUCAAGAUGAUUAUUUUGUAUGGGAUCGAUCGCAAAGGCACAAGAAUUGGUUUUCUAAAUGCAAACCGUGAGGGAAUCAUUUCCACCUUCGGAUAUGUGGCCAUAUAUAUGGCUGGUGUACAAACUGGAUUAUAUGUGUUAAGGGUAAAACCUCUUCUCAGAGAUUGGAUUAAAGUGGGAUAUCAUCUGUUACUGACAGCUACCACUUUUCUUGUAUUUCUUUAUGUAUGUCAAACAUAUAUAGAUGCAGUUUCCCGAAAAAUGGCUAAUUUAGCCUUUUGCAUUUGGAUAGUUGCUUACAGCUUAACAUUUCUCAGUUGGCUGAUAUUAGGUAAUGUAAUUUUGGUCUUCACCAAAUUCUUAAUUAAAGGAGCUACUGUGCCAUGUUCCUGGGAUCUCAUCCAGACAAUCAACACAGAUAAAAAGUCUUCAGAGUCUCUGGCCCGUCAGAAUGGAAGAGAGCUGCCAAGCCUUUGUUUAAUUGCUGCCAUUAACCGAAACCAGUUACUUUUCUUCUUGCUGACAAACAUCAUGACAGGCUUAGUCAACAUGACUGUUGACACUCUACAUUGUAGCUCCUCUUGGACUUUAACUAUACUCUAUUUGUACAUGAUUAGUAAUUGUUUAAUUAUGUAUGUCCUGCAUAUACAAAAUAUUACUAUAAAAUGCUGGUGAUUAUUGGGAUGAAAAA